CCGCAAGUCAGCGGGGAGAAACCCACAAAGGCGAUUUGAAUCGAAAAGUUUUGAAAUCAAUCAACGACAAAUUUACGCAGAAUCCUCACCAUUAGAAUCCAUUCUACUGGAAGACUGUCAUCAUGUCUAAAAUCACAGUCGGUACGUUUAUGCCAUCAGCUCCGAAUACUUCGCAUUGAAAAGGGCGUCUGCUAAUAUUUGUCGCACCACAGCCGGAGUGCGUACCAACGUCCAGAGUCUCCUCGAGUACUCUCUCGAAACCAAGAAGAGAAACUUCCUCGAAACCGUCGAACUCCAAAUCGGCCUCAAGAACUAUGAUCCUCAGCGUGACAAGCGUUUCUCUGGAACCAUCCGUCUCCCAGUUGUUCCCCGCCCAGGAAUGAGCAUCUGGUACGUUUCGCCACCGCCGCACAUACAAGGCAGAAAGAUAUACCAGGAAAGGAUUUUGACUGACGGUACAAUGAUAGCAUUCUCGGAGAUCAACACGAUAUCGAUCGUGCCAAGCACGGUGGAAUCGAUGCCAUGUCUUCUGACGAUUUGAAGAAGCUCAACAAGAACAAGAAGUUGAUCAAGAAGCUCGCACGCAAGUACGAUGCCUUCGUCGCUUCCGACACCCUUAUCAAACAAAUCCCACGUCUCUUGGGUCCUGGUCUUUCCAAGGGUAAGCUCAUUCAUAUCUAUCGCAUUCGUGCUACGCAAACUAAUCGAUCUUGACAGCCGGUAAAUUCCCAACCCCAGUCUCCCACAACGAGGACUUGAGCGGCAAGAUCAACGAGGUCAAGUCCACCAUCAAAUUCCAAUUGAAGAAGGUCUUGUGUAUGGGUGUUGCUGUCGGAAACGUUGGCAUGACUGAGGACCAAUUGAUCUCCAACAUCAUGUUGGCCAUCAACUAUCUCGUCUCCUUGUUGAAGAAGGGCUGGCAAAACGUUGGAUCCUUGACUGUCAAGGCAUCCAUGUCCCCACCAAAGCGCAUCUACUAGAUAUACAUAGUCAUGCUGACCUGUUGAGCACUCUUUGUUGAGCUGUUUGCAGAGAGAGGAAGAGAUUUUUGCGAGAAGCUAGAUAGGAAUCCAAUCAAGCAAAGAUCAUGAAUAAUGACAAUUAAACGAGUA